AUGGCCAUCUCCACCUCAUCCCCGUCUUCCCCUCCCCCGCUCCCCCUCAGCUCCCCACCCGCACCGCCUUCCCUCCUCUCCUUCCCGCCCCCGCCUCAUGCACCCCCGCCUCGCCUCCCCCUCCGCGCGGUGGCCGCCGCCGACCCCGGCGCCGCGCACGCGGUGGCGGUCAAGUCCGGCGCGCUGGGCCCCGCCUCCGUCUCCGCGGCGGACGCCCGCGCCGCGAACGCCGUCAUGUGCGCGUACCUCCGCGCGGGCCGCCUGGCCGACGCGCGGGAGGUGUUCGGCCGGAUGCCCGCUCGCGACGCCGCCUCCUACAGCGCGCUCAUCUCGGGCCACGCGCGCCUCGGCUCCCCCGCCGCGGCCGCCGCCGCUCUCCUCGGCCGCAUGCGCCUCGUGGACGGCCUCCACCCCACCGAGUACACCUUCGUCGGCCUCCUCACCGCCUGCGCCCGCAGGGGCAACCCUCGCCUCGGGGCCCAGGUGCACGCGCUCGCGGCCAAGUCCGGCCACGGCUCCGGCUCCGGCUCGUCGCUCCUCGUCGACAACACGCUCCUCGGCAUGUACGUUAAGUGCGGCCGCUUCGGCGACGCGCUGAGGGCGUUCGACGGCAUGGACCGCCGCGACGUCUCGUCGUGGAACACCGUCCUGGCCGGCCUCGUCGAACUGGGGCGGCACGAGGAGGCGUUCGAGCUGUUCGGCGAAAUGCAGGCGAGCGGGGUGCGCGCCGACAGGUUCUCGCUGUCGGCGCUCCUGACCGCGGCCGCCGAGGGGUUUGGCUGGCCCGAGGGGGAGGCGGUGCACGCGCUGUCGCUCAAGUCCGGGCUGGAGAUGGACCUGAGCGUGGGCAACGCGCUCAUCGGGUUCUAUGCGGAGCACGGCAGUUCCGUUGAGGAUGUGGUGAGCGUGUUCCAGGGGAUGCCGGUGAAGGACGUGAUUUCGUGGACUGGGUUGCUCAAUGGGUAUAUGGAGUUCGGUCUGGUUGACAUGGCGCUGGACGUUUUUGAUCGGAUGCCGCAGAGGAACUUUGUUACAUACAAUGCUGUUCUGACUGGGUUCUGUCGGAACAAGGAAGGCGUGCGAGUCACUUUUGCAAAGAAGGCAGGGCUCCAAGGGCUGGGGUUGUUUAGGCGAAUGGUGGAGGAUGGGCUGGAGAUUUCGGAUGUCACUGUGACCGGUGCCCUGAAUGCCUGUGCUAUUGCUGCGGAUAGGAAGGCGAGCGAGCAAGUUCACGCUUUUGUGGUUAAGUGUGGCUGUGGCUCUAGUCCUUGGAUUGACGCUGCGUUGAUAGACAUGUGCAUCAAAUGUGGCCGGUCUGGAGAUGCACAUCUGCUAUUUGAGCAAUGGCGCCACCAGGAGAGCUUUCACAUUGCUUGGAAUUCCUUGCUGCUGGCUAGUGUCAGAGAUGGGGAGUAUGAGAAAGCGCUUUCGACCUUCCUUCAGAUGUUUAGAAGCAGUGGUAUUCACUUCAUUGAUGAGUUCAUGUUGACAACUGUCCUUGGAGUAUGUGGCGCUUUAGGUUUUGCUGACCUUGGGAAACAAAUGCAUUCCUUUGCCGCAAAAUCUGGUCUUUUGUGUGCUCGCGGAGUUGGUAACGCAAUUAUCAGUAUGUAUGGCAAGUGUGGGGAAUUGGAAGACGCGGUUAAUUUGUUUGAGCAAAUGCCUUGUCGAGACUUGGUGACAUGGAAUGCACUGAUCACUGCCCAUCUUCUUCACCGUCAGGGAGAAGAGAUAUUGGACAUAUGGGAUCAGAUGGAGAGAUUAGGCAUCAGGCCUGAUUCCAUUACCUUUCUUCUGGUCAUAUCAGCUUGCAGUCACACAAGUUCAAACUCUGCAGACAAAUGCAGGGAGCUCUUUCUUUCUAUAUCAGGCACAUAUAGCAUUGAACCUGCAAUGGAGCACUAUGCAGCGUUUAUUUAUGUCCUGGGCUGCUUGGGUCAUUUUGAUGAGGCAGAACAGCUUAUAGGUAGUAUGUCAUUCAAGCCUGGUGCUUUAGUUUGGCGAUCUUUGCUAGACAGCUGUAGCAAGCGCUCCAAUAUAACCGUGCGGAGAAGAGCUAUGAAGCAUCUGCUUGCAUUGGAGCCACAGGACCCAUCCACAUAUGUACUGACAUCAAAUCUCCUCUCUGAAUCAGCAAGGUGGCACUGCUCUGAGAAUACAAGGCUGGAGAUGCGCGAAAAGGGUAUGCGCAAGAUUCCAGCAAGGAGCUGGACGUUUCAUGAUAACACUGUUCACUCAUUUUUUGCACGGGAUAGAUCGCACCAGCAGUCCAAGGACAUAUAUGCUGGCCUGGAUGUGUUGAUCCUUGAGUGCAUGAAGACUGGGUACGAACCGGACACCAGCUUUGUCCUACACGACGUCGAGGAAUACCAGAAGAGCCACUUCCUGAUGUACCAUAGCGCGAAGCUAGCGACGAUGUAUGGCCUUCUAAUGGCAGGCCCUGGUCAGACCGUCCGUGUCGUGAAGAACAUCCGCAUGUGCGGCGAUUGCCACUCUUUUCUGGAGUAUGCCUCAGCUGCUACACGUAAAGAGAUUUCAGUCAGAGACUCGUCUGGGUUUCACAUUUUCAGGGGAGGGAAAUGUUCCUGUAGAGGAUAG